GCCGCCUCUCCGACCGCCGCCCGAGCAGCGGCAGCCGCACGAAGAAGAGGAGGAGGAGGAGAAGGAGGCGGCGGCGGCGAGCGGAGCGCCGUCCGGCAGCAGCGCGCGGAGGUAGGGGCUCCUUCACCGCCUCGGCGUGCAAAGUUCGCGGAGCUGGGAGGCUUUGUUGGGGUUCGGUAACGCGUUCUUUGCCCUUGGUUGGCGCCUGUGCCCUGGCCCGGGGUAACGCGUUCUGUCUGCGCUCUCGCCGCUGCUCCCCUCCCCUCGGGGCUGGGCGGUUGGGUGGGUCUCAGCGGAGCUGCCAUCUCCGCAGCCAGAAGUUGCCGAGGAACGCGAGCGGAGCGAAGCCCGGACCCGGGUCUCCUCAAACUUCCCCGCUCGAGAAAGCAGCCCCCGCGACGCCCCGCUCCUCUCCUCUGCUUGCAGAUGUCGGGGGUGUUGGUGAUCGCUGCCUGGUGCUUCCUGCAAGUGGAGAGCCGGCAUCCUGAGAUCAUCACGGGGAGCAGCAAUCACGGCAAUUUCCUGGACAAUGACAAAUGGCUGAGCACCGUUUCGCAGUACGAUAAAGACAAGUACUGGAACAAAUUCAGGGAUGAAGUUGAGGAUGAUUAUGUCAGAAACUGGAAUCCAAACAAGCCUUUUGAUCAAGCUCUUGAUCCAUCCAAAGAUCCGUGUUUGAAGGUGAAGUGCAGCCCACAUAAAGUGUGUGUCACUCAUGACUAUGAAACUGCCACUUGUGUAAGCCGCAAGCAGCUAGUACACAGCAUUCGACAAAAGAAAGGAAACUUAGCCCAGAAGCACUGGGCUGGACCAGCUAACAUGGUGAAAUGCAAGCCAUGCCCCACUGUGCACGCCAGCCCUGUCUGCGGCUCCGAUGGACAUACAUACACUACCAAGUGCAAGUUGGAGUUUCAUGCAUGUACUUCUGGCAAAACCAUCACAGCUCGAUGCGAAGGGCCCUGCCCCUGCCUCCCAGGGCCUGAAAGUCCAAAGCACAAGACAGAAAAGACAGCUUGCACGGACAAGGAGUUGAGGAGUCUCGCUUCGCGACUCAAAGACUGGUUCGGUGCUCUUCAUGAGGACGCCAACCGUGUCAUCAAGCCAACAAGCUCGGAGACAGCACAAGGCAGAUUUGACACCAGCAUCCUUCCAAUCUGUAAGGACUCCUUAGGCUGGAUGUUCAACAAACUCGACAUGAACUACGACCUGCUGCUGGAUCCCUCAGAGAUCAGUGCCAUUUAUCUCGAUAAGUACGAGCCAUGCGUCAAACCUCUCUUCAACUCCUGUGACUCCUUCAAAGACGGAAAGCUUUCCAACAAUGAGUGGUGUUACUGCUUCCAGAAGCCAGGUGGUCUUCCUUGCCAGAAUGAAAUGAAUAGAAUUCAAAAGCUCAGUAGAGGGAAGAGUCUGCUGGGUGCUUUCAUCCCACGGUGCAAUGAGGAAGGUUAUUACAAAGCCACUCAGUGCCACGGCAGCACAGGGCAGUGCUGGUGUGUUGAUAAGUAUGGCAAUGAGAUAGCUGGCUCGAGAAAGCAGGGGACCGUUAGUUGUGAAGAGGAGCAAGAAACCUCAGGGGAUUUUGGCAGUGGUGGAUCUGUUGUGUUGCUGGAUGAUUUGGAAGAGGAACCUGAAGCAACAAAAAAAGACAAAGAAGGGAAAGUGAAGAUUCAUGUAAGAGCAGCUAAUGAAGACGAUGAAGAUGAAGAUGAUGAUAAGGAUGAUGAAAUUGGUUAUAUAUGGUAGUGCCCAUUGUUCCGAGGACUCACGUUUUGCACAAUAUUGCAAGUCACACCAUAUCUCUGCAAUUGUAUCUGAGAGUACCUGGCACAAAUAUUCCCUCCCUACUGAGUUUAAUUUUGUAUAGUCUAUUUAAUUUGGAAGACAGCUUUUUUUCCCCCCCCCCCAGGAAUGACUGUUUGGAAUCCAGCUUUUGUUCCAUUGGUUUGGGAGAUUUUUGUUCUAUCCACAGGGGCAAUGAGUUUUGUUCCAAAAACAUUUCAUGUCUUAAUCCUCAGUUGCACAGCUUAUGACACAUAUCUCGUGAAAGAAGAAUCACAGAAGGGCUCAGCAAACCAGUACAAGGCUUAGAAGCCCAUCUGAUGUUAUCACAGACAAUUAGUAUCAUAAAUUGCUAUCUGGAUCGUAUCAGAAACGGUCCUUUUCCUUUCAUAGGAAGGGAAGAGGUGGUGUCUCCUUCUCUACUCCUUAUUUAUUGCACUCCAGUUGAUUUAAUACCUUUGGUAGUGAUUUCUGGCUCCCCAGAACCAGGGGUUUAAUUCAAAAAGAAACCCAUCGGUGGGAUUGUAUUUUCCUUACAUUCUUUGAGAACGUACGUGACAGGUUUAGUCCAACCUUAAAGAAGAACAAACUCCCACCAGAGCAAAGUUCAGCUCUCUGCCACUGUUUUUGGGUUGAGUACCACGACCCUCAUCUUCAGAGCUGCUGAGAACCUGCAGCUAUCACAAAUCAAGCCCUACAGGCAGGGAACAGCAUCCAUCUACCUUUCCAGAUGUUUGAGGAGAGAGAUUUCCAUCAGUUUGCAGCAUCACAACCACCUCCAUGCCCAUUCCCCAGCACCUGGCUUACCCUUUGGCACUCAGUGUUGCACUAACGUCAUGCAGGCACACACACCGCUAGGCUGCCUGGUAAGCAAUCCCUCACUGCAAGGCUCUACAGCUUUCAGAGCCACUCACCAUCAAAAGUAAUAAGCUGUCAUUUCUUUAAUUUAAAUAGUUAAUAUGUAUUUGGCCUGUUUUAAAAAGCAACUUGAUGUGGGAGCGCUUCAAAAGCAUAACUCCUGCUCAGCGUGACAAACUGCACGCUCCUGACACGCACAUACAAAAAGAAUAGUAUUAAAAUGCAAUCUGUGUUCCCCUCAGCAUCAGCUGUGUAUUUAUAGCUCUACAAUUGUAUCACAGCACACUGACAUUAAAUUAUUUGCUGUGUCCUUUCCCGUGGCAGUUCUCUGAUGCAGGAACAUCCUGCGGUGACCUUUCAUUAUUUUUGCUGUUUUCAGGACCUCUGAGUGGGGAGAGCCGAGGAGAGCACUCUGCAUCCACACCACACAAACUGCCUGCUGGUGGGGUAGGUGCUGUUGGCUUCAUUUUAAUUGUAGAAAAACUCUUAGGAACAAAUUUACCUUCAGCUCACCCCUCUGAGUGGUCUCGAUCUCCACGCUUACCUAUUUUUCUGCAUUCUUGUGGCCUUUUGCAAUGGCUCUUCCAGCCACAUGCAUCAGUGUGGACAUCCUUCAGUUCACAUGAGUAGAGGUACCACCAGCAUCCAAUUCUCAUCCUCACUGAUCAUAUCCUAGCUGUAAUGUACGUCUGACCAUUCCAAAUCAGCAUUGGAAAAACACACUUUUAUUAUGGACUAGUUCAAUAGGCUGCAGCUAUAACAGUUUAAAGACAAUAAAAUCAAAUAAUGGGGCAGGGCCUUACCAGGAAGACGCCAGGCAGAUCUCUGUGCUUUGAAAGGCAGCUCAGACUGCACUUUGCCUCAAAUAGCACGACUCUGUUUAACAAAGCCCUGCUGAAAUCCACCAGCACUGUGCAGUGUUUGGGGGAUCUGUAGUUUAUAUAUACAUACACGUGUAUAUUGAGACAAUAACUCUCAGAAGGUGUUUUAUUUCUUUAAAAUAAAACAGCCAAGAAACCUACCAAUAACCAAUCCUUUGUCAGAUCAAGCCCUUUUCUUCUUCAUGCUUUGCAAAGGAUUUAAUUUGCUCGCAGCUUAAUUUAAUUCCUUUCUUUUUUUUCCUUCCCAAAGCAGAACUUCCCAUCUGCAUCAAGUCAUUGACCUUUCAAACAUUUUCUCAUUGUGAAAAAUGGAAUCAGAGUUGCCCCAUUCUUUUAGAGACACAAACCAAUUUUUAAUCUCAUUUUCUUUUCAUAUUAGGGACUAUGAAAUACUGUUAGGCGUUGCUUUAUGGUUCAAGGUGUCCUUUUAACUGCUGUGGUUAAAUCAAAAUCUCCUUGAGUUCAGAUUUCAGCACAGUUGGGUUUUUUGGGUCAUUACUGGCCUUUGCUGUGAACACAAAGACUCCUUUUCUUUUCUUUGUCUUUUUUUCAGGCUAUUCCAUACUAUUAUUUUAAACUGUUAGACUGUUUAUUUAAUAUUUAUUCUACAGUUUAUAUUGAAAAUGUAAAGUUUAUAUUUAAAACAACACUGUUUGUUAGUGAAUGCUUCUCCUUGCCUCUCCAGCCUAGUCUGUUAGUCUCAGUGUACAUUUCUGGCAUGGGAAUAUUUUGAUAUUAGAAGUUUUGUAGCAUUUUUCCCUCCGAGCAGCAAAUGACAUAGAUCUGAGGUCAUCACUCAAUACAGACCACCGGCUCGCCCAAGCUUAGCUUCCUACAUUUGUUGGCUUUUAUUGCAGUCCCUUCUGUAUGCCAUUCAGGUUCCUUUAAUACAUAGACAGCUUUGUACAGUUACUAUACAUCAAAAAGCCCUUUCUACAGUAGGUGGUUUUUGGUCUUUUUAUACUUUUCUCAAUGCUGUUGAUGUCCGUUACUGUUCAAUGUGUAGAUCUGUAAGAAGAGCUCCAAAUAUUACGUGUUUCAGUUUGAUGUCCCUACUGUAGAUGGAUGUAGGCUAUCAUAGUAAGUAGAACUGCAUAGUAAAUUCUGAAUGCUUUUUCCAUAAGGAGUUAAGUGGAAUGUGAACAUUUUGCUAUCUUUCUUUGGUUAACUGUAAAUGCUUAACUGUAGUCUGGAAUAGUUGCAUUUUUGUCUGUCUCAAUAAAUUUUAAUUUGUCUGCGA